CGCCAUCGGGAUGUGACUCGUCUCCUCCUCGGCACUGGGAUCGGAGAUGUCCGACGGACCCAGUUAAUUCUUCAGACACCUUUGGACUCCACUGUGUCAGGAUUACGUGUCGGUUGAUCUCCACCGUGAUUGCAGCCUGUUCCUGUCGCCCUGCCAUGGCACAGCAGAACAGCGCUGCCAAGAAGAAUCCGGCUGUAGCGGCGCUGCACUCGCACUUCAUCGUGGGGUCUGUGUCGGAGGAGAACUCGGAGGACGAAGUCCUAGGGAAGCUGGACAUGCAGCCGGAGGAGAAGGAGGCGCGCUCGCUGUCGCCGUCGCCGUCCAGCUGCAGCUCGGACAGCACCUGUGAUAUGGGCUUCGACCACAUUGAUGGCCCCAUUAACAAUCUGAGACCAAGCAUGUCAGGGCUGCACCUGGUGAAGCAAGGCAGAGACCGCCGGCGUAUUGAUCUGCAGAGGGACUUCACCGUGGCUUCCCCCGCGGAAUUUGUCACCCGAUUUGGUGGCAACAAGGUCAUCGAGAAGGUCCUUAUCGCUAACAAUGGUAUCGCAGCAGUCAAAUGCAUGCGCUCCAUCCGCCGCUGGGCCUACGAGAUGUUUCGCAAUGAGAGGGCGAUCCGCUUUGUUGUCAUGGUGACCCCAGAGGACCUGAAGGCCAAUGCAGAGUACAUCAAAAUGGCAGAUCAUUACGUACCGGUGCCCGGAGGGACUAACAACAACAACUACGCCAAUGUGGAGCUCAUUCUGGACAUUGCAAAACGCAUACCUGUUCAGGCUGUGUGGGCUGGUUGGGGUCACGCAUCAGAGAACCCCAAACUCCCAGAGCUGCUGCAAAAGAAUGGCAUCGCUUUCAUGGGUCCCCCAAGUCAGGCUAUGUGGGCUUUAGGAGACAAGAUUGCCUCCUCUAUCGUCGCUCAGACGGCUGGCAUUCCAACCCUGCCCUGGAGUGGAACAGGCCUGACAGUAGAAUGGACAGAGUCGGACCAGAAGAAGAAGACCAUCAACGUUCCUCAAGACGUGUACGAGCUUGGCUGCAUCGAGGAUGUAGAGGAUGGCCUGAAAGCUGCUGAGAAGGUCGGCUACCCUGUGAUGGUGAAGGCCUCAGAAGGCGGUGGAGGAAAAGGAAUCCGUAAAGUCAAUAGUGCUGAUGAUUUCUCGAACCUCUUCAGACAGGUCCAGGCAGAAGUCCCAGGAUCGCCCAUAUUCGUCAUGCAGCUAGCCAGGCAUGCCCGCCACUUGGAGGUCCAGAUCUUGGCGGAUCAGUAUGGCAACGCCAUUUCGCUGUUUGGUAGAGACUGUUCUGUCCAGCGAAGACACCAGAAAAUCAUAGAGGAAGCUCCUGCUACCAUCGCCCCUUCUGAUGUGUUUGAGGAUAUGGAAAAUUGUGCUGUGAAGCUGGCUAAGAUGGUGGGUUACGUCAGUGCCGGUACAGUGGAGUACCUCUACAGCCAGGACGGCAGCUUCUACUUCCUGGAGCUCAACCCUCGUCUGCAAGUGGAACACCCCUGUACUGAGAUGGUGGCUGAUGUUAACUUGCCUUCCGCUCAACUGCAGAUUGCCAUGGGUAUUCCUCUUCACCGGAUCAAAGACAUCAGGAUGCUUUAUGGGGUCCAGCCCUGGGGAGACAGCCUCAUUGACUUUGAGGGUCUAUCCAAUGCCCCCUCCCCACGGGGCCAUGUCAUUGCAGCACGUAUCACUAGUGAAAACCCUGACGAGGGUUUCAAGCCGAGCUCUGGAACGGUGCAAGAGCUGAAUUUCCGCAGCAAUAAGAACGUGUGGGGCUACUUCAGUGUCGCGGCUGCCGGGGGUCUGCACGAGUUUGCCGACUCCCAGUUUGGACACUGCUUCUCCUGGGGGGAGAAUCGUGAAGAAGCCAUCUCCAAUAUGGUGGUGGCUCUGAAGGAGUUGUCGAUCAGAGGCGACUUCAGGACCACAGUGGAAUACCUCAUUAAGCUUCUGGAGACAGAAAGCUUCCAGCACAACACCAUUGACACUGGCUGGCUGGAUAGGCUCAUCUCAGAGAAGAUGCAGGCGGAGCGCCCUGAUACCAUGCUGGGAAUCGUGAGUGGAGCUCUUCAUGUGGCAGAUGUAAAUCUGAGGAACAGUGUGUCCAAUUUCCUGCACUCUCUGGAAAGGGGCCAGGUGCUGCCAGCACACACACUGCUCAAUACUGUGGAUGUGGAGCUGAUAUAUGAAGGCGUGAAGUAUGUCCUGACAGUGACACGUCAGUCUCCCAACUCCUACGUGGUCAUCAUGAACUCCACUUCAGCUGAGGUUGACGUCCAUCGACUCAGUGAUGGAGGUCUUUUGCUGUCGUAUGAUGGCAGCAGCUACACUACCUACAUGAAGGAGGAGGUUGACAGGUAUCGCAUCACAAUUGGGAAUAAGACUUGCGUUUUUGAAAAGGAGAACGAUCCUUCGCUGCUGCGUUCUCCAUCAGCAGGAAAAAUAAUUUCCUACUCAGUUGAGGACGGCGGACACGUUUUCUCUGGCCAGUGCUACGUUGAGAUAGAGGUGAUGAAGAUGGUGAUGACCCUCACAGCUGCAGAGUCUGGGUGUAUCCACUACGUGAAAAGAGGCGGAGCAGCACUGGAGCCCGGCUGUGUCAUUGCCAAGCUGCAGCUGGAUGACCCGAGCAGAGUGCAACAGGCAGAGCUGCACACAGGGGCCCUGCCUGCUAUCCAGGCAGUAGCUCUGAGAGGGGAGAAGCUGCACAGAGUCUUCCACAACACACUUGAUCACCUUGUCCACAUCAUGAAUGGCUACUGUCUUCCUGAGCCUUUCUUCAGCAUUAAGUUGAAAGAAUGGGUGGAAAGGCUGAUGAAAACCAUGCGUGAUCCCUCUCUGCCGCUGCUGGAGCUUCAAGACAUCAUGACCAGUGUGUCGGGUCGCAUCCCGCCUGCUGUGGAGAAGGCCAUCAAAAAGGAGAUGGCUCAGUAUGCCAGCAACAUCACCUCUGUGCUCUGCCAGUUCCCCAGCCAGCAGAUUGCAAACAUCCUAGACAGCCACGCUGCUACUCUUAACAAGAAGUCGGAGAGAGAGGUCUUCUUCAUGAACACUCAAAGCAUUGUUCAGCUGGUACAGAAGUAUCGCAGUGGUAUCCGAGGACACAUGAAGGCGGUGGUGAUGGACCUGCUCAGACAAUACCUGAAAGUAGAGAUCCAGUUUCAGAAUGGACACUAUGACAAAUGUGUGUUUGCUCUGCGUGAGGAAAACAAAGGCGACAUGGCCAAUGUGCUUAACUACAUCUUCUCCCAUGCCCAAGUCACCAAGAAGAACCUGCUGGUUACAAUGCUGAUUGACCAGCUGUGUGGCCGUGAUCCCACACUGACAGAUGAACUGAUGGCCAUCUUGACCGAACUCACCCAGCUCAGCAAGACAACCAAUGCCAAGGUGGCGCUUCGUGCUCGGCAGGUACUAAUAGCUUCCCACCUUCCCUCUUAUGAGCUACGACACAACCAGGUGGAGUCCAUCUUCCUUUCUGCUAUUGAUAUGUACGGACACCAAUUCUGCAUCGAGAACCUGCAGAAACUGAUCCUCUCAGAGACGUCCAUCUUUGAUGUUCUGCCAAACUUCUUCUACCACAGUAAUCAGGUGGUCAGGAUGGCUGCCCUGGAGGUUUACGUGCGCAGAGCAUACAUCGCCUACGAGCUCAAUAGCGUCCAGCAUCGACAGCUGAGGGACAACACGUGUAUCGUAGAGUUCCAGUUCAUGCUGCCUACAUCGCAUCCUAACAGAGGGAACAUCCCCACUCUAAACAGGAAAUUUUCUGCUCCAAUCCUGGACAUUGUAAAAGCCAAGGGAACUAAAUUAGUGGAAACUAAACUCCAGGACCUUAAAGCACAGGAUAGUAAAUCUAAGGAUGAUGAUGCUGAGGGGACAGAAACCUCAGAAUCGGAACCUGAGGAAAGGAUGUCGUUCUCAUCCAACCUGAACCACUACGGAAUGGUGCAUUUAUCCAGCGUGAGUGAUGUUCUGCUUGACAACUCCUUUACACCACCUUGUCAGCGCAUGGGAGCCAUGGUCGCUUUCCGCUCCUUCCAGGAGUUCACCAGGAAUAUAGCAGACGUGCUUAGCUGCUUCUCUGACUCUCCUCCCUCAAGUCCAACUUUCCCAGAGGGAGGUAAUCCUGUCCUGUAUGGCGAAGAGGAAAUCAAGGUGAAUAUCCAGGAUGAACCAAUCCAUAUCCUGAAUGUGGCGAUAAAGACAGACAGUGACAUAGAUGAUGAUGGCCUGGCAGCCGUCUUCCGGGACUUCACUCACUCAAAGAAAUCCCUGCUGUUUGAACAUGGCAUCAGACGGCUGACUUUCCUUGUUGCUCAGAAGGAUUUCAGGAAGCAAGUCAACUGUGAGGUGGACCAAAGGUUUCAUAGAGAAUUCCCCAAAUUCUUCACAUUCCGUGCCAGAGACAAGUUUGCAGAGGACAGGAUCUAUCGUCAUUUGGAGCCUGCGCUAGCAUUCCAGUUGGAGCUCAACCGCAUGCGCAAUUUUGCCUUGACUGCCAUCCCGUGUGCCAACCACAAGAUGCACCUGUACCUGGGUGCAGCCCGCGUGGAGGCGGGCACAGAGGUUACGGACUACCGUUUCUUUGUCCGAGCCAUUAUCCGCCACUCUGAUCUGGUUACAAAGGAGGCCUCUUUUGAGUAUCUCCACAAUGAGGCAGAGCGUUUGCUGCUGGAAGCCAUGGAUGAGCUGGAGGUGGCGUUCAACAACACAACAGUGCGAACUGACUGUAACCAUAUCUUCCUUAACUUUGUCCCCACAGUCAUCAUGGACCCAUCAAAGAUUGAAGAGUCUGUCCGCUCCAUGGUCAUGCGUUACGGCAGCCGCCUGUGGAAGCUGCGUGUCCUGCAGGCCGAGCUGAAAAUUAACAUCCGCCUUACACCGACAGGAAAACAAAUCCCCAUCCGCCUCUUUCUCACCAACGAAUCGGGCUACUACCUGGACAUCAGCCUUUACAAGGAGGUCACUGAUUCCCGAACGGGACAGGUGGGGCCCAAAGACCGACAGAUCAUGUUCCAAGCCUAUGGAGACAAGCAGGGUCCACUGCACGGCAUGCUCAUCAACACACCCUACGUCACCAAGGACCUGCUGCAGUCCAAGCGCUUCCAAGCACAAUCUCUGGGCACCACCUACGUCUACGACUUCCCAGAAAUGUUCAGACAGGCUCUGAAAAAGCUGUGGCAUUCAAGUCAGGCCUUUGCCUACUUACCCAAGUGCCCUCUUCCCAAUGAGCUGCUCACCUUCACUGAGCUGGUUCUAGACGCCCAAGGUCAAAUGGUGCAGAUGAACCGACUGCCAGGAGGCAACGAGAUUGGCAUGGUGGCUUGGCGGAUGACCCUGCGAACUCCAGAGUAUCCAGCGGGACGUGAGAUCAUCGUUAUUAGCAAUGACAUCACGCACAAGAUCGGCUCAUUCGGGCCCCAGGAGGACAUUCUGUUCCUGCGUGCCUCCGAAAUGGCCAGAGAGAGCGGAAUCCCUCGAAUCUACAUCGCGGCCAACAGUGGCGCCCGGAUCGGGUUGGCAGAGGAAAUAAGGCACAUGUUCCAUGUGGCGUGGCAAGAUCCAGCAGACCCGUAUAAGGGUUUCAAGUAUCUCUACCUCACACCUCAGGAUUACAAGAAGGUCUCAGCCCUGAACUCUGUGCACUGUGAGCAUGUGGAGGAUGAGGGAGAAUCCAGGUACAAGAUCACUGACAUCAUUGGAAAGGAUGAAGGACUGGGUGUUGAGAACCUGAGAGGGUCUGGGAUGAUAGCUGGAGAAUCCUCUCUGGCUUAUGAUGAGAUCAUUACCAUGAACCUGGUCACAUGUCGAGCCAUUGGAAUCGGGGCCUAUCUGGUCAGGCUUGGACAGCGAACCAUCCAAGUGGACAACUCUCAUAUUAUUCUUACUGGAGCUGGAGCUCUCAACAAGGUGCUGGGCAGAGAAGUGUACACGUCGAACAACCAGCUCGGCGGAAUUCAGAUCAUGCACAACAACGGUGUGACCCACUCUACGGUUUGUGAUGACUUUGAAGGAGUCUUCAAUAUUCUGGAAUGGCUCACCUACAUGCCCAAGUGUUCAUCCAGUCCAGUGCCCAUCCUCAGUGCCAAGGAUCCCAUAGAUCGGCCAGUAGAGUUUGUUCCAACCAAAACUCCGUAUGACCCUCGCUGGAUGUUGGCAGGACGUCCCAGCCAGUCUCCAAAGGGUUCGUGGCAGAGUGGCUUCUUUGACCAUGGCUCCUUCAUGGAGAUUAUGCAGCCGUGGGCUCAGAGUGUCGUGGUCGGCAGAGCCAGACUUGGUGGGAUACCCACUGGAGUGGUUGCUGUGGAAACCAGGUCAGUUGAGCUGACGAUCCCAGCUGAUCCAGCCAAUCUGGAUUCAGAGGCGAAGAUCAUCCAACAAGCAGGACAGGUGUGGUUCCCAGAUUCUGCUUUCAAAACUGCCCAGGCCAUUAAGGACCUGAAUCGAGAAGGCCUACCUCUCAUGGUGUUUGCCAACUGGAGGGGCUUUUCUGGAGGAAUGAAAGAUAUGUACGACCAGGUGUUGAAGUUCGGCGCCUACAUUGUGGACGGGCUGAGGGAAUACAGGCAGCCGGUACUGGUUUAUAUUCCACCGCAGGCUGAGCUGAGGGGAGGCUCCUGGGUGGUGAUAGAUCCCACCAUCAACCCUCGUCACAUGGAGAUGUACGCCGACAAGGACAGCCGCGGUGGAGUGUUGGAGCCUGAAGGAACAGUGGAGAUCAAGUUCAGGAGGAAGGACUUGGUGAAGACCAUGAGAAGAGUCGAUCCGGUCUACGUGAGUUUGGCAGAACGACUGGGAACCCCAGAGCUGAGCCCCCCUGAUCGUAAAGAGCUGGAGAGCCAGCUGAAGGAGCGUGAAGAGUUCCUGCUGCCCAUCUACCACCAGGUGGCUGUGCAGUUUGCAGACCUCCAUGACACCCCAGGUCGCAUGCAAGAGAAGGGCGUCAUCACGGAUAUCCUGGAGUGGCAAACGUCCCGUCAGUUCUUCUACUGGCGUCUGCGGCGUCUCCUGCUCGAGGACACGGUGAAGAGGAAGAUCCAGGCCGCCAACGGCGAGCUGACAGACGGCCAGAUCCAGGCCAUGCUGCGCCGCUGGUUUGUGGAGGCCGAGGGGGCCGUCAAGGCCUAUCUGUGGGAUGACAACGAGGAGGUGGUGGGAUGGCUGGAGAGGCAUUUAGCCGAAGAGGAGGGGGCCAGGUCUGUCAUCGACGAGAACAUCAAGUACAUCCGCCGCGAUCACAUCCUCAAACAGAUCCGCAGCCUUGUUCAAGCCAACCCAGAGGUGGCCAUGGAUUCCAUCGUGCACAUGACCCAGCACAUCUCCCCCACGCAGAGAGCAGAGGUGGUGCGAAUCCUGUCCACCAUGGAGUCGUCGUCCUCCUCCUCCUCCUCCUCCUCCUAGUCGAGAGCCUGGCCUCUCCUCCGUUCUCUCGCCUGUCUGAUUCACGGCUCGGGGCCACGACCACGGCCAAACAGAAAAAAAGAGAGGAGCCUGGCUCGGCCGCUGCUGCUCCUGACCGAGGCUGGAGGAGCGGACGAGGUGGCCUUCGCUGCCGCCAGGUCACUAAUGAAGCGUUGGAGAUUGUUCUCACUAAACAAAAAACGACUGACAUCAUCGAUAACAUAUUCUAGAUUGUCUUACGCGUAUGGUGGUGUGUAGAUGAAUCCAUGUAUUUUGUAUUUUAAGUGCAAUUAAAAGAUGAGUUAAAAAAAAAUAAAAAUCUAGAGACUAAUAUAACACAAGUUUACAAAGUCGGCUCUAAUGGAUGUCUAUGCUUCCAUGAUAAUCAGUGGCCUCCCUCCUUUUGAACAGGAGCGAGCACAACAACAUAUAUACAACGUUGUCAUAUUAUGAACGCAUCGUGGUUUGUGACAUAUGCUUGUUAAGAUUUGCAAGUGUUUUGAUGACCAGCUCAACAAUGACAACACAUUACCCAGGGGGCAUUGGCAGGGAGAGAAAAAGGGGGUUUUAAACUCCACCGUGGGGAGCACUUAGUUAAUGAACAAAGACAGGGAACACUGCAGCAGCUUUGGACAGGAGAGCCCCGCAGGGAGCAGGGGCAGGGUCCCUUUUUAGACCCGGACUGUUUCACAGUUCCCCCGCAGUGAGUGAUGGGCCGCUCGCCUGGCAACAAAACACACAGCUGUCCCUUCUGUUCUCCCUCACACAGUACACACAUGCUGCUGUACGUGCACUUUACUGAGGACUGUUCCCUUACACUGAAAGCCAGAAAUAAACUUCUAGCGUAGACUACAGGUGCGCACAAACACACAAACACACACACACACAUACAUGUCAAGUGAUGCAAAAUGUGAUACACUGAGUGGUUAAUAGUUUAAAUGGGAUUUGUUAAUGGUACUACACAGUGUGGAUAAUAGCAUGCUUGUUUUAAUAGUCUUUUUCACCUUUAGGUUAUUUCUUUUUUCUGCAUCUUAUUUUGUCAUUCCUAAUACAGAUCAUUUUUUCUGUUUCAACUAAAACCUUUUUUGAAUAAGCGGACCUCUGCUGUAAGUCUGAAAUGUUGUCUAAUUUUACCGUAAUCCACAAUAACUGUUCUAUUUAAUGUUCUUACCGUUUGUUUAUAUCACAUAUUUUCUUAAUAUUUUUUUUUUUGGAAAACAAAACUUGAAUCUCAUAUUCCCCACUUGAGCUGGAAAGACGGGUUUAAAUCGUGGAAAGUGAAUAAGUGUUUUCUCUUUUUUUUUCUUCUUCUUCUUUAAGAAUAGAGUAUACGUAACAAGCAAAACGGUACCGUCAUGAUGAAUUCAAUCCACUGUGUCAGAUGUUAUGAUGAGAGAAAGCGAUGUUGGCAAUGUGAAAUGGCUUCAUGGUCGAUGCUGUCCCUCUAAUGUGCCUCUAUGUGGACAUAUAAUCCAGUUGCUUUAUAAGUAACUGGCUGUUUCUAUACAAGAAUGGAGAAGAAUUUACAGUGACAAGCUCUAUAUGUGUCUAAAACUUUAAUAAAGCUUAUCCAACUUA